UCACCCCCAGGUGGGGCCAGGCCCAUCAAAAGCCCACCACUUUAAUACAAAAUAGGAUCAUCUUCUCCACCUCCGGGCUCCAGUCCUCCACCAGUCCAACCAACUGCAGUUUUAUUCCGCUCUCUCGUUUUACUAGCAGCCUCCACUCAGAUGGGGAAUCACAAUGCGUACAUUCUGUGCCUUCAUCUGUUCUCCUUUUUGGUUCUUCUGACUGCCUGUGAUGUUGCAGGAACUCAAGUGGUUCAAAGUUCGUCUCAUCAUCAAAACCACCACAGCCGCUACCGUCAAGUUGGUCUUUCCAAACUUUUCGUUUUUGGAGAUUCAUAUGCCGAUACUGGGAAUAACCCCAAAUCUGUAGCUAAGUCGUGGCAUGAGCCGUAUGGGAUCACAUUUCCCGGUAGACCAACCGGCCGCUGGUCCGAUGGUCGGGUCUUGACUGAUUACGUAGCUUCGUUUAUUGGAAUCAAAUCUCCAAUAGCUUACAAAUGGAUAAAAUUUGGCCCAAAAUUACUAAGCAAUGGGAUAAAUUUUGCUUAUGGAGGAACUGGAGUCUUCAAUACAUUGGCUCCUCAGCCAAACAUGACCACACAGAUCAACUUCUUUCAAAAGAUCAUCCAAACUGGAGUCUACAGCAAGCGUGAUUUGGACUCAUCUCUAGCUCUUGUAUCACUUGCGGGCAACGACUAUGGUGCUUAUAAUGCUAGAAGUGGCACUGCUCAGGGUUUGCCAGCCUUCAUGGCUUCCGUGGUUAAUCAAUUAAAGUUGAAUGUAAAGCGGAUUCAUGAGAUGGGAGUAAAGAAAGUAGCAGUGACAACUCUGCAGCCGCUGGGAUGUCUUCCCCAAAACACACUCCUUUCUUAUUAUCGACAUUGCAAUGCAACUCAAAACAUGGCUGUCAACUUCCACAACUUCCUCUUGAAACAGGCUGUCCAACAACUAAACAAUGAGGUCAAAAACUCUACCUUCCUACUUGAUCUCCACUCUGCAUUCAUGUCCGUUUUCAAGAAACGCAAUUCAUCAGGAAAUGUGAAGUUCAGUAAUCCGUUGCAGCCAUGUUGUGUGGGUAUGGAUGCCUCAAACUCAUGUGGAAGCACAGACCAGCUGAGCGGAAAGAAGAAGUAUAGAGUAUGCAAGCACCCCAAGGCCGCAUUCUUUUGGGACCUGCUGCACCCUUCACAAGCGGGUUGGCAUGCUGUCAGUCUAGUUUUGCACUCUUCUUUCAACAAACUCUACUCCUAGCCUAGCCUACCUACUUAAUUUCUCCAUCAUAUCCCCUCAACAGCUAUUACUAUUUAGUCUAUUAUCAAUGUGUGUAUGGUGGUUUUUGAUACAUUUCAUUUUCCGCCCAUCUAUCUACUUUCUUUUACAUUUAAA